AUGUCUCGAUUGGACAGUUAUAGCUUGAUGAUUGUUUCAAAGUAUUUUACUUCGAUCGAGGACUACAUCAACGUGGAGUUUGUGUGCAAAAAGUUCCAAAACAACACAGAGAAGUUCCAUUUUAACCCGAUUUCGAUCUCGACGAAGACACGGAAGUUCUUCCCCCACCUCGAGACACAGCACCUCUACUCCAACAACGACUUCAAAAUUUCUUCAAAGCGGAUUAUCAAGUUUGUUUUGUGGAACAUCGUCGAUUACAAGACUUUUCUCAAAGAAAAUGGCCAAGGCAAUGUCUGUCGCAAUGUGAUGUAUACCAAAAACGACCGAGAGAGGUUCGGCGUUGACGUCCCAACGGGUGUGAACCAGCUUGGGUGUAACUGUUUUCGUGCGAGCCGAAUCCCCUCGUUAAGUCUUCCAAAGACAGUAACGGCCAUUGGAGAUUUCUGUUUUAACGGAUGCAAACGCCUUUCAAAGGUCUCAUUUCCUCCUGUAAUUCGAGUGAUAGGGGAUUCGGCGUUUCAAGACGACAUCAUGCUUGAGAGCAUUGAACUUCCACACAAUGUGAAAACACUAGGGAAGUGGUGUUUUGCGGGGUGUACCUCAUUAAGUAGUUUUGUUGUCGAAUCACCGAGUUUGUCUGAGAUCAACGAAGCCACUUUUGCGUUCUGUGCAAAACUCAGGCAUGUUGUCUUGAGUGAUCAAAUUACACGAAUAGGCAGAAAGGCAUUUUCAAGUUGUGUUGCAUUAAAGGAACUGACCCUUCCGACAUCUUUGAUUGAAAUUGGCGAAAAUGCGUUUGAGUACUGUGGAAUCGUUGACUUACACUUCCCUGCCAACUUGAAGAGGGUGAAAGCCUCUGCGUUUCUUUCGUGUGAAUUUCUUGAAGAGGUGACCGUCAACGCGAAGAUCGAAAACGUCGAUUUGCUGUGCUUUGGAUUUUGCAUGAAUUUGAAGACGUUGAAGGUGCCAAAAGCCGCGAAAAGGUUUGUGGACAUUUUUAUUCAAGGACUCAACAGUGUCAAGGCGGUUGAGAUGGAGUGA